AUGAGUUCGACAAAUUUUGCCGCUGCCCAGGAGCGGGUGCUGGAGCGCCGUCGUCUCCGCGAGGCCGAAUCUCGCGCCAGGCUUGCGGAACAGCAGCAGGCGUCGCCGGUUAACCAAGCCGCUCUCCACAGACUCCCCUCUCCCCUCAACAGAUUACCGCAAUCGGGCCUGUCGCUAUGGAAUUCUAUCAAAGGACGUGAUGGUACUAGGCCGGCCUUCAGAGUUGGUCAGGUCGAUGCCGAAUUGCUCGAUGAAGAGUUGCUGGGACUGUUGAAGGGACAGGUCGGGGAUGCUUUGAAAUACUUUGGGCCUCAAAUGCGUGAAGAUUGGUCCCACGAGAUUCUAUUUGUACUCCGCGCUCUCCUCUUCAAGCUCUCUAUAUGGGACCACAACGCUUCCUACGGUGCCGCUUUACAGAACCUGAGAUAUAUCGACAGUCGCAGUCAAGGCCCUGUACAUUCCACCCCAACGAGAUGGCAAAAGACACUAUACGGCCUACUCACUGUGGGUGGUCGCUAUGCUUGGGACAAGUGGGAAAGCUGGUUAAUCGACCAGGAAGGUGGCUAUGAAGAAACAUCUCAGGAAGUUCGAAUGCUAUCCCGUAUGACGGAUUUCGUUUCCACAUCCCACUCGAUUGCAGCCUUUGCCUCCUUUCUAGUAUUCUUGGUGAACGGCCGAUAUCGGACAUUGGUCGACCGCAUUCUUCGCAUUCGUCUCACUCCUCCAUCUGCGCAGGCUAGUCGGGAGGUCUCUUUUGAAUAUCUGAAUCGGCAGCUCGUGUGGCACGCAUUUACCGAGUUCCUUCUCUUCCUGCUACCCCUUGUCGGGAUCAGUCGUUGGCGGAGAUGGCUAUCCAGAGUGUGGAGGAAAACCAAGUCGACCUUCAAAGCGAGUGAUGAAGAUGAUGAGCCGGAUGAGAAGCAAGGAGAACUUGGAUUCCUCCCUGAAAGAACGUGUGGCAUAUGUUACAAAGAUCAGAACCCCACUUCUACUUCGGAGAGUGAAGUGAUGGCUGCGUCAUCGUCUGGGGGUAUCAGUGGAUCUGCGCAUACAGAUAUCACGAAUCCUUACGAGACGGUUCCGUGUGGCUGUAUCUACUGCUUCGUGUGCUUGGUGCAAAAGAUAGAGGGAGAAGAAGGAGAAGGCUGGGUCUGUCUUCGUUGCGGUGAACUCGUUAAGAAAUGCAAGCCAUGGAAUGGUGAUGUCCUUGAAGAAGCCCGUCCGCAGGCGAGUACGGGAAAGGUGGUUGGAUUUGCAGUUGACGGAGAAGCCGACGAGACUGAACCAGAGAAGGUAACAGAUGAAACGGUUGGCAAGUCGAGCCCAUUGGAAGAGCUGAGCUCGGAUGAAGCGUUGCAACACUCCAGCCAGUGGUCUACCGUCGACAAAGAGUCCGAUGGACCGCCAGACGAGGAGCACGAUUCGACGGAAGCAGAUACGGUUUAA